AUGGUUCAGCUUCGCCACCUAGACGUCUCUCCCCCGCUCAUAAAUUCCUCAUGCGCUUGGGCAUCAGACUUGGAUCAGCUCCUGGGGCUAUUCCAGUCGCCGUAUACAGGAGCAGUGACCACCCGUACAGCAACGCUACAUGGUUUCGCGGAAGAUUCUUCUCACACCGUCGCGUUCUUGAAAGAUAGUCUCUCGUCCCUGAAUUCCUAUGGGUACUCUCCGUAUCCAUUGGCUACUUAUCUCGGCUGGGUCGAAUCAAUUAUCAGUCAGGACAAAAGUUCUCACAAACCCUUCAUCAUCAGCAUUACCUCCUAUUCUCCCGCUGAUUUCUCAUCUAUGCUCGAUGCUAUACAACGUCUCCGUACAAAAUCGCCUCUCAUGAGAUCCCGAAUUGGAGUCGAGCUGAACACAAGUUGUCCCAAUAUCAAAGGGUCUCCACCCCCAUCCUACCAAUUCUCAAGUCUAGUGCCUCUGCUCGAUGUUCUGGCACGUCAUUUCUGGGAAGAUCAGACGCUUACCAUUGGCCUGAAACUGCCGCCUUACGUCGCAUCCUCGCAAUUCGUGGAGGUAGUACAGGGUAUUUCUGGUUUUACGCGCACGGAUGAAGAGACUGGGAAAGCUCAGAACCCAUUCGCGUUCUUCACAUGCACGAACACCCUCGGAUGCAGCUUGGCAUUCGCAGAGCAAUCUCGAGAGAUUGUCGACUACGAGAGUCAGUUUGCUGUGCCGCCAGGGCUAGGGGGGCUUGCGGGGGAGGCCAUCCAUUCGCUCUCGCUCGGAAACGUCUUCUCGUUUUCGCGCCUGCUCGCAGAGUCGCCCGAUGCUGCUAUGCGCGAUAUCGUCAUCAUUGGUGUCGGAGGAGUGACGUCCCCUGAGGCAGCUGAGCGUAUGCGACGAGCAGGGGCGAAGAUUGUAGGCUGUGCUACUCUAUUAGGCCAGCAGGGCGUCGUGGCGUUUGAGCACUUGACCGAAAAAUCCUGA